ACCCCAGUCAUAUAAGACAAUACUUUUGAAUGGAACGACAAAGACCUAAAGGGAAACUUCACCAUUUUUAUGCUUACUUUUAUGGAUAGAGAUAAAGAGGAGCAGUUGUUCUACAGCUGGUCUGGAUAAUAAUAGGAAGCUGUUCUCGCGUCCAGUGGUCAGUUUCCUGCCUGGUCUUGAAAUGACUCUUCCACUAUAAAUUUGCGAUCUGGCCCUUUAUUCUCCCCGCAUUCUUAUUUUCCCCAUUUGACUCUAGGAAACUGAUAUCUGUGUUUCAUCACAUGCACGUUGAGAAAUAGGCGUUUUGUUUUGUUUUUUUUUAAGUGAAACGGAGCGGGAGCAGCAAGUCGGUCAACAAGUGGGGUGGAACCGGCCCACCUCCGUCCCCCGCACUCCGGCUGGGAGCGCCCCCGUCCUCGGGAGCGGCAGCCUUAAUAUUCCUGGGAAGCUCCACCUCCGUCGCCACCUUUUAUGUUAAUUUCAGCGUGAUCCGUGCGGGGCUGGCGGGAGCCCGCCGCGCGCCGCGUCGACCGCUGCUUCUGCUGCUUAUAGUCGAUGAAGGCUCGCUCGCUCACGCACGUUGAAUCGGUGUCGGGGGCUUGUUUCCUUUUUUUUUUUUUUUCUCCCAUCGUGCGUGAGCCGCCGUCUUUAUUAUGUCGCCGUGAAUCCAGUGGCGCCAGCGCACCUUGCAUCCAGCCAUGGGAGGUCAGAUCACCAGAAGCACCAUCUACGAUUCUCUGAACGGACCGUUUCCCGCGUCGUCUCACCGAUGCCACCACAGGCCCAAGCGCUGCCUGCCCGUCCAGCACUGCGGGGGUCUGUCCUCCUUCCCUCUGCUCUUUCACCCCAGCACCAAGGGCUCUCAGAUCGUCAUGGACACGUCCCAGAGGACGGUCAAGAGACAGGCCAGCUUCUGCAACGCCAUCACCUUCAGCAACAGGCCCAUCGCCGUGUACGAGCAGGUUCGACUGAAGAUUACUAAAAAGCAGUGCUGCUGGAGCGGAGCCCUGCGCCUCGGCUUCACAUCCAAAGACCCGUCAAGGAUCAACCCAGACACCUUACCCAAGUACGCCUGCCCCGACCUGGUGUCCCAAAGCGGCUUCUGGGCUAAAGCUCUGCCAGAGGAGCUCUCCAACGAGGGGAAUGUCAUCUCUUUCUGGGUGGACAAGAAGGGCCGCGUGUUUUACCGAAUUAAUGACUCCAGCUCCAUGCUGUUUUUCAGCGGGGUACAUGUGUCUGAACCUCUGUGGGCGCUCAUAGAUGUCUACGGCCUCACCAGGGGGGUCCAGCUGCUCGACAGCGAGAUGGUGCCUCUGGACUGCACGCGCCCCCGCUCCUUCGCCGCCUCCCAGCGAGCCUCCAUCCAGCGGCGCGGCGAUGACCCCCGCCUCUCCAUCAGCCUGUGUGACCUGAGUGUGCAGUCGCAGGAGAUGCACGCGGAGGAAGAGGAGGAUGAGGAGGAGGCCCACCUGCAGCCGCUCAGCUCCGCCUCCUGCCACGGGCCGCAGAACUCCCAGAACUCCCAGCAGUGCUCGCUGCUGCCCACGCACCUGGACACCGACCUGCACUUCCACCCCGUGCGCGGCGUCCACGUCAGCGCGCCGGACAAGCACACGGUGGCGCGGCUGGAUCACCGCGGCGACGAGAGGACCCUGGUGUUCACCAGCCGCCCCGUGCGCUGCUGGGAGAGCGUGUACGUGAAGCUGAAGGCGGGCGCCAGCCGCCUCGGGGGCCUGUCCUACGGCGUGACGUCGUGCGACCCGGCCGCCCUGAGGCCCAGCGACCUCCCGUCCAACCCGGAGUCGCUGGUGGACCGCAAGGAAUUCUGGGCCGUGUGUCGGGCGGCGGUGCCUCUCCACAGUGGCGACAUCUUGGGGUUGAUGGUGAACGCGGAUGGGGACGUCAUGAUGAGCCACAACGGCAUCAGCGCCGGGAUGCAGCUGUGCGUCGAUAACUCCAGGCCCCUCUGGAUGUUCUUUGGGCUGCACAGCACCAUCACACAACUCAGGAUUCUAGGCUCAUCUCCGUACCCAGAACUUCGAGGCCCUUUGGUCCCCAGCUCGCCAUCUUGUACGCCCAGCCCUCCCACAAUGCUUUGCAGCGGCAACUCUGAGCCCGAUCUUAACACGCCGUUAAGCAUCAACCUCAAUUCCAGCAUCAACUCCAGCUACCACACCGCCUUCUCCUCCUCCACAGGUACAACCCCAGGCUCUCCAUUCUCCAUCCACCCGGAGUCCCCUUCUUUACCGUCCUGCUCAGGCUCGUGGAGUGACGAAUGCACCAUUUGCUAUGAGAACAUGGUGGACACGGUCCUUUACGCCUGUGGACACAUGUGUCUCUGUUAUGCAUGUGGCCUUAAGCUCAAGAAGAUGGCCAACGCGUGCUGUCCCAUUUGCAGGAGGACAAUCAAGGACAUCAUAAAGACCUACCGAAGCACGUAGGCUGGUGUUGCAUUGCCACGUUGACCUUAUAAUGUCGUCAAAGCCAUGUAACAAUAGAUACAAGGAGGACAGAGCUCAAGCGAAAGCCCACGUGCUCUGGCUCAGGUACCGCAGGACGUCCAAACUACAUCCUUACAGCACAAAGUGUGGAAUAAGUUUCCUACCAGUCAAGACUCAAACUACAUUGCAACCAACAGGAACAGCAGAUCGGACCUAAGUGCUUUGGUGCAGUGAUUCUGAGAUUAGCGUGAUAGAAAGAAAGAAGAAGGCAUCUGUCCAACAGCAAGUAACACUGUCCAGAACUAUGUAACAAACAGGAUGGAUGAGCCCGGGGCUUUAGAAAAAUCUAUUUUGGACAAAAGCAGAGAGACGACUUAUUUAAUGCUUGUAGAGUUUUAUAAAAUAAGAUGUAUUUGAGUAGAAAACGAUGCCCCUGCAAUAACACGCAAGACUAAGAAUAAUGAAAUCCUUAAAUUAACUCAGUUUUGUAACAAAUGGGGCGUUUUAUCAGAUAACUCAUUACCUGCUGUGCUUGUGUGAACUUGUGGCGCAGCAAGAUUGUACACAGGCUUAAAAAAGAAAAAAAGAAGUGUGAACGUUGUCACCAUAGAAGGUCGCAAAGAUGUAAAUCAGCGGGUGGAGUGAUGGGACGUUGAGUUCGUGAGGACUUGCGUGGCUGCAAGAUGUUUGGGUGCAAAGCAAGUGUUCGGUUGCUCGGUUUUUGUAAGAAAGUCUUUAAAAUGUGGGGCUCGCAUGGAUAGCAUGUCCUGCUCGUUGGCAGCCGCCCCCACCGGCUCUGGCUGCUCAGUGAGCCUGAUGGAUGCUGCAAUUGGACAAAGUCAUCCAAAUAAACACUGGUGGGCAGAGGAGUAUUUUUAAAAUGCUGAGCGAGCACAUAAACACGACAAAUCAGCCUCUUCGUCGUUGCAAAUGGCUCGGCUCACUUCAGGUUACAAACUCCUGUCAUUCGUACUUCAGUUAUAUCAUGACUAUAUGCUUUCAGUGAUGAUGCGUUUCAGUACGCUGUGUAAAAAAAAUCACAUGUGCAGUGAGUCAUAAGGAUGCAGACCGCUAUUGUGGCACAUUGUGAGGAUUUCAUUUGCAUAUCAAUGCUGCUCUCCGUCUGUAAAAGUGAACUCCAAGGACAUUUUCACUUGACUAAUCUCAUUCAUUAUGUACUGCUUUGAAUUGUUAAGCAAUACAAGCUAUUUUCAGGUGUUAGUUUGGCCGCACUGAAAUAUUUACUCAGUCAUUUCUAAAGUAAUAAGUGCUAAUUGUUUUGAGGUUCUGUCAUCUGUGGAGGGGUAUUUAGCAGCGUGUUGUGCAACAUUUGAGUCACAGGUGAGUUUUCUUGUGUGCCUUUAUGAAAACGUCUGGACAAUCAUAGGCUCCUGGUGAUAAAACAAAAGAACACCGUGCUUCAGAUUCACCUUUGAGUGACUUCUAUGUGAUCGUGAUGUCUCUGACGUGAGCAGGUCUAACCACACAACCUACCAACACAAAGCUGCAGUGUUUGACUUUGAAGCAAACAUUUCAGUGUGCUUAAUAACAGUGUGAAUUUAUUCCCUACAGAUGAAAUGUUUAAAUAUCGCCUUGUUCCUUUUCUCACUGCAUUGCAUAAUACUGGAAACUUGUUGUGCAGCCGCUACAAUUCUAUCUUUUUGUUUAAUUUCUUUUUCUUCCUGACCAAAUAUGACUAGAAAUAAAAUAUUGUGAAGCCUUUUUGAUAGGAAAUGGUGAAAUAGUUACUGUACAUUAUGAAGUUUAUUUAUUUUCCCAUUACUACAAUAAAGAAUCACUGUCUGUUUUAUAUGUAUAUCUAUAUUGUCCAAACAAUAAAAUGAUGUUUAUGUUACUGUUGGCAGAGUCACAGGGACAGUAAAGUAUGUUUCACUUCAGUACGUGUGAGCAUUUUUAAUUUGACUCCUUUCCCACCUUUUUCUGAUGGUAGUACAUUUACUUUUGAUACAGUACAUUUACUCCGCACAGUAAAGCCUCUAGCAGUUCCCACGUUACGCCACUCUCAGCUGCUGCAACCCAACAGCUGUUGAACAUAGAGGAACUCUAAGCAGCUAGAACCACAUCUGUGCCUCAGAAGUUGGUUGAGACCAAAAACGGAGCUAAAAUAGAACAGACUACGUAAGUAAGCCAUAACUCUAAAUAAAAGAUGUUACCUAAUUGCAACAAGUGUACUUUUGUGAACAUGUGUACAUGAGGUGAAGCUACGAACAUGCAUUAGAGCGGUAUCAUUUUAAACUAGCUCACUGCCAGAAAACUAAUCUGUAGUUUCCAGAAUAUCAAGUCCUUUAUAACUCAUAUGGGCUAAAACAUUGCAUUAAAAGGGAAUGACAUGGAAUUGGUAACCUGUACUAAUAACUGGUGUUAGCACUACCUUUGCAUAUUUUGAUUUUAAAUUUGUAGUACUGCAAAUCAGGCAGGGCUAGUUUCCUCAAGUGGUCAUACUUCCGACUAAACAAGGUCUAAGUCUAAAUAAAGGAACGCCAGCGAGUACAGUAGGUGAAUGUGGGCAUUGUGCACUUUGUAUAAGGAAAUCAGCUGGUUUAAGAAGUGGUUCCUGAAUUUGUGUUCAUUUUGUUGAAUAAAGUUUCAGUCUGAA